UGAUUGGACAGUGCUGCUCUGUCGCAGUAGGGUCUAACAAACAAACUAGCAACAGGCGGUUUUCAGAAAGUAACCUAUCACACCCACAAAGCCAUGUAGGCAAUGAACACAUUCAUAGUACUUCUUGGAGUUUUGUUUCUGUCUACGUUUUGAUUCAGUUAAUUUAAAGUGAAGUGAAAGGAACAUUUGCGAUUAGGAGAUGAACUUCUCUGAGGUCUUCAAGCAGUCCAACCAGCUUUGUAAAGUUUCCCCAGAUGGCAAAUACUUGGCUACGUGUGUGCAGUACAGGUUGGUGGUGAGAGAAGUAAGCACCCUACAGAUCCUGCAGCUCUACACAUGUUUGGACCAGGUUUCACACAUGGAAUGGUCCUCAGACGCUCUCUUUAUCCUCUGUGCCAUGUACAAGAGGGGACUGGUACAGGUGUGGUCUCUGGAGCAGCCAGACUGGCACUGUAAGAUUGAUGAGGGUUCAAUAGGACUUGUCUCCUCACGCUGGAGUCCAGACGGACGUCACAUUCUCAACACCACUGAGUUCCAUCUGAGAAUCACUGUCUGGUCCCUGUGCACCAAAGCUGUGUCUUUCAUCAAAUAUCCAAAGGCAUGCCAGAAAGCUGUGGACUUCAGUAAAAAUGGUGGCUACAUGGCCUUGGCUGAACGUCGUGAUUGCAAAGACUAUGUCAGUGUUUUUGUUUGCGAUGACUGGCAUCUACUGAGGCAUUUUGAGACCGAGACGCUGGACUUGGCAGGGUUGGAAUGGUCUCCCAAUGGUUCUCUGUUGGCAGUGUGGGACAGUCCUCUGGAGUACAAAGUAUUGCUGUAUUCUUUGGAUGGCAGAUUGUUAUCUAGCUACAGUGCCUAUGAGUGGUCACUAGGGGUCAAGUCUGUGACCUGGAGUCCCAGCAGCCAAUUCUUGGCCAUUGGCAGUUAUGAUGAAAAGGUUCGAGUUCUCAAUCAUAUCACAUGGAAGAAAAUAGCACAGUUUGACCAUCCGUCGACCAUCAGCAGUAGUAAAGCUGUUGUGUAUAAAGAAGCAGAGAUGAAGUUAACUGCCUGCAGUGAUGACCUGUCGCUGCACAACAUUAGCAUUGGCACCAACCUCUUCAACGCCCACAGCAAAUAUGAGAUCUGCCCACUGCCAGUUCAAUUUCCCACAGUCAAACCAGACCCUGAUCGAGCCAAUCCGAAGAUCGGUGUCUCCAUGUUGGCAUUCAGCUCAGAUAGUCGCUUUCUAGCCACCAAAAAUGACAAUGCGGCCAGUGUCGUCUGGGUGUGGGACAUGCAGAAGAUGAGCCUGGUGUCAGUACUUGAGCAGACAUCAUCAGUGCGCUGCUUUCAGUGGGAUCCUCUCCGCCCCCGGUUGGCACUGUGCACAGGCAACACCAAACUUUACCUCUGGUCACCGUCGGGCUGCGUUUCUGUCCCAGUCGCCACUGAAGGUGGCUUCCAGGUCCAAUCACUGAGCUGGCACUGCAGUGGAGACUUUCUGGUCCUUCUUGGAAAAGAGCAGUUGUGUUUAUGUUACUUGAACACUGACUAGGAGGAGAAGUAGAAUAGACGGACAAAUACACAUACGAAACCCCUAAAGGCAUUUAGAAAAAGAAUGAAUAUCAGAUGAGGAACUGAAAAAAGACCAGAAGACAAAAGGGACAGCGUGUCAUGCCUUUCUGAACUGAUUAUCAGCAGUUUGGGUUCAUUGGUACUGGUUACCAAGAGCCUCAUUUUUUUAAAUAUGUAAAAAUAGAUAAUAGGUAAAUAGGUAGAUCAGCAAUGUAUUUGCAUUUUGUACUACAGAAAUGUAUAACUAUUUUGAAUAAAUAAACAUUUUUUUAAAAUUAA